GCGGCGGGGCGGGGCGGCCCCGCGGCGAUCCGGGAUGUCGGGCCGGCUCCUGGUGACGUAGCGGGAAGGGCCGCGCCAGACCCCCGCCCGCCGCUGUCCCCCGGCACGGCACGGGACCCCCCCACACUUCCUCCGGUUGUCCCCCGCCAUGGGCAGAGCCGCGGCGGUGGGAACGGGCAGGGAGUCCGGGGCCGCCGCUGGGAAUGUGCCAGGCCCUGCCGCCGCGUGAGCACCGGCACCGGCAGCGUUGUCCGCGCCCGCCCCGGGCCAAGCCGGCGGCGGGUGCCAUGAGCAGCAGCUGCGCGUCCCCCGCCGCCGCCCGCCGCCGCCUGCAGCGCCGGGAUCGAUAGAGGCGGGGGCUGCGGACGCGCCAUGGCCGGCAGCGGCUACACGGACCUGCGGGAGAAGCUCAAGUCCAUGAUGCCCUACCGGGACGGCCACAAAGGCGGCGGCGGCCUCCCGCGGGAGCCCCCCGAGCCGCCGUACGACCGCAAGCGGCGGCACCAGGAGGACUCCGGCUCCGAGCCCAGCGACUACGAGGAGCAGAAGGAGGAGGAGGAAGCUCGGAAAGUGAAGAGCGGCAUCCGCCAGCUUCGCCUCUUCAGCGCCGAGGAGUGCGCCAAGAUCGAGGCGCGCAUCGAGGACGUGGUGUCCCGGGCGGAGAAGGGGCUCUACAAGGAGCACACGGUGGAUCGGGCGCCGCUGCGGAACAAGUAUUUUUUUGGGGAAGGCUACACCUACGGGUCUCAGCUGCAGCGGCGAGGCCCCGGCCAGGAGCGCCUGUACCCGCGGGGGGAGGUGGACGCCAUCCCCGAGUGGGUGCACGACCUGGUGAUCAGGAAGCUGGUGGAGCACCGGGUGAUCCCCGAGGGCUUUGUGAACAGUGCCGUCAUCAACGACUACCAGCCGGGGGGCUGCAUUGUCUCCCACGUGGACCCCAUCCAUAUCUUUGAGAGGCCCAUCGUCUCCGUGUCCUUCUUCAGCGACUCGGCGCUCUGCUUCGGGUGUAAAUUCCAGUUCAAGCCCAUCAGGGUGUCGGAGCCCGUUCUGUUCCUGCCCGUGAAGAGGGGGAGCGUCACGGUGCUCAGUGGGUAUGCGGCCGACGAAAUCACACACUGCAUUCGACCACAGGACAUCAAGGAGAGGAGAGCUGUCAUCAUCCUCCGAAAAACAAGACUAGAUGCACCUCGAUUGGAAACAAAAUCCCUGAGUAGCUCUGUGUUGCCACCAGGUUAUAACUCUGACCGCCUGUCGGGAAGCAACCGGGACCAGAUCCUGAAACCAAAGCGGUCCCAUCGCAAAGCAGAUCCUGAUGCUGCCCACAGGCCACGGAUUCUAGAAAUGGAUAAGGAGGAGAACAGGCGUUCAGUCCUCUUACCAAAACAUAGGAGACGGAGCAACUUCAGCUCCGAGAACUAUUGGCGAAGGUCGUACGAGUACACGGAGGACUGUGACGACGAGGAGGAGGAUGGCAGCCCCGCCAGGAAAGUUAAAAUGAGGCGACACUGAGGAUUGCACUUGCCAGGCUCGUGGAGCUGAUGAGAUUGGCCUCCAGUCUGUGAAAACUUUCUCCUCCCUCUGGCUAUCUUCCAUCUAGCUUCAGUUUUGGUUUUUCCUUUCAGGCUGAAGAGUAAACAGGAAGGAUCUGGUUUUAUGAAUGGAGGAAUGCUGAGAUAUACGUGAGGAUGGAACAUGUCCAUUGCACAUGGUGUCCUGAGUCAUGGGUCAAGUGGGCAUCUCUCCCUUAGGAAGCAGAUAAAGUUAUGCCAGGUUGUCUGUUGGGAUUUCUUUUGAAAACACCAAAAAGUUUAACUGUUUCAUUGUGCAAGAUUCAAGAAUUGUAUUUUUGUUUUGGUUUUUGGUUGGGUUGGUUUUUUUUGUUUUUCUUUUUUUUUUUUUGCUUUAACACUUUUCCUUUCCAAAUGUUCUAAAUAUGAUGUUUGACCCCAGGAGCUGAAAUUCCAUGGUGGGCUCGUAUUCCUUGUUUCACCAAAGGGCUCCUUGGUCUUUUUUUACCUGGUGGUUGUUGGGCCUGUUUUAAGGGUGCCCUGCAGUAACUGGAAAUUUGAAGCUUUGCAGACCCCUCUUGCUGUGAUCGAUUUCAAGUGGUUUAGGACAUUUUUGUUGCACUUUAGUGUUUUAAAUGCUGUAGGUUUCCUUUCCAGACCCUUUUCCCAAGCCAGCACGGGCUCGCAGCCCUGUGUCCCUGCACUGCCCUCUCCAAGAAGAAUGUACUAGAGCUCUGGUUUCUCAGUGCUGGUCUGACUGGGGCUGUGCUUGAGGAGGAGGGAAAGGUGGCCCAGCAUUGUCCUGAGAUCCAUAUUGGAAUCUCAGGGCUGCCAAGUGAGGGAUCACACUGAGCAUGUGCUGCUUCCCAGAGCUGGGGAUAGCAAAGAGGAGUAGGAGACGCUGUGCUUGUGAGGGUUUGUGCCUUGGGACCCCCCAGAAGAGCCCUUCUCCACUGCCCCUUCCAGGUGGAGAGGGCUGAGUUGGUGCAGCAUUCCCAGCACAGUGGCCCAUCCUGAAGGACUGGCUGCACUCUCAUGGAGCAGGAACAGGAGCUGCUGUGGCCUUGGGGGAGCUGAGCAGCUCUGUCCCCUCCGAGGCUGGCUCUGGGAGCAGGGACACUGCAGGGCUCAAGGUUGGCCCCAGUUCAGUGCAUCCAGCACUGAAGUUGCCUGCUUUCUCCUGGCUUAUUCCUGCCUGUGUUCCUGGGGUAAGGAGUUUUCUGGUUGCUACAGGAGAUGCUGAGAAGAAUUCAGGCAUUCAGCCCCGUGGAGUUGUGAUAGAGCAUCUGCCAUCAUCAUCCUCUUCUCCCACCUGGUUUGUGUUAGCCCAGACCAAAGCCUUGGUGUUUGCAAAGUUUGGGGCCCAAUGCCAUAUUUAGAGCUGUACUUUUAAGGAAAACUUCCUCCAGUUGAUUCUUUGAACCCAAGUGUUGGCAGUUGUAAGGAGUAGUCUUAUUUUUAAAUUUUUACUGCUUUGCCCUCCCUCCCAUUGUAGUUUUUCUUAGUGUCGUGUCCCCCACACACUUCAUGGUCUGCACGCUUGGCAAUAAAAAGAUGUAAUAUAUUUUGAAA